AUGUCGCAAAUCCCCACGUAUGGGCCUCUCAGCAUAGAAAAGAAGGAGAUCCGUGUCCUAUACAUUCAGGACUUCGUUUCUGGACAGCCUUAUGGCUACGAAGAGCAGUGCAUCUCUGGACGACUGGUGCACAUCAGCCUUGCGGAUGAACAUCUACCAUAUUAUGCUCUGUCCUAUGUGUGGGGUGAUCCAGCACCAGUUUCGGCGGUUAUCCUACCUCAUGGAGCAUGUAUUCCGUUAGGACGGAAUCUUUUAUUCGCGCUUAGUGAGAUACAGAGGAAUAACUUCCUGCCUGUCGACUUGUCCAUUUGGAUCGACGCAGUAUGCAUAAAUCAAAAGGACUUAGCAGAGAAGAGUUGGCAAGUUGCGCAAAUGGACGCCAUAUAUUCGGCAGCAGCCAAAACUCUCAUCUCCCUUGGGGCUCCUGGAGUCAACUCUCGCCAGACGAUGCAAUUUUUAAAUGAUGUUGGCGAGCGGGUGCUCGAGAUCUGGAAAGAUUCCGUGCAUCAAGCCUGGCUUUCCAUACCAAUGUUGGAUGAGAUGGAGAAUAACGCCAAAAAUUAUGAUCGUAUCCCAGGAGGGCUUGGAAUCAGGAGAACGUUAUGGAACUUAUGGGGUCGGCACCGUAACCAGUCAGCUCUCAGUCAGGUCAACAUGGUCAUUGGCUCCCCACCAAGCUUAUCCGGAAAGGAUAUUGUGGACUUUAUACGCCUACCCUGGUGGGAACGUGUUUGGGUCCUCCAGGAGCUGAUCCUAUCCAGAUCACCAUGGUUUGUACAUGGCGACAAAGCGGUUGCCGCCGAGCGUGUCGUCGCCUCUCUCCUUUUCAUGGGAGAAAUUCACCACCAUCUGUUACAGUUCAUUGUGAGGCAGUUUCCAGCCCCCAAAAUCACUCUGUUGGGUGGCUUCGUGGACGAGUGGAGAACUUGUGGACCGGAAUCUGAGAUGAACCUUCGGAGUGUGAUCGCUGUUCCGGCAGUCAGGCUCUACUGUGAUCAACGUAUCCGCAAAUCCGUACCUUGGUAUUCGCCUCCUGGCGCUGUCGUUACUGGACUUGAAUCCUGGACAUUAGGAUUUGUACUGAUAAAUGUAAGGAAACGCCUCGUUACCGCCAAAGCAUUGCGAGCAACCAACCCAAUAGACCAAAUUUACGCACUACUAGGAUUGGUAAAGUCUUGGCCUAAUCAAGCACCUCUAUCACCAGAUUAUACACUCAGUCCUAAUGAGGUAUUUUCUAAAGCCACGGUCCUGAUGUUAGAACUUACAAUAUCUACCACACGUACGUUCCUUCGACCAGCAACUUUUCCAAAGACGCUUCCGAAUGUCGCAUCAUGGGUUCCUGAUUGGUCCGUCGAUUGGCCCGAUAUCGAGCUUGCGCGCUUCGACUCUUUUGACAAAGUCCAGCAAAAGGUGCUGUACAACGGUCGACAUCUACUUACGAUCUCUGGUACCGUUUUUGGACGGAUAGAGACGCGCGAAACCCCAUUCGACGCUUUCCGAUCCCCAAAUGAGGAUCUCUUCGACAGUGCAGAAGCAAUAUACGGAUGGCUGCGUUCGCUACAUAUCUUUUCUCCUGACGUCCCGGCAUUGCUCAAUACAGAAAAACACCUCAAUCAGGACAAACUUGUAGUUAUGGCCUUCUCGCUUGUUGAGCGGGUUCGCAGAGAGUUUUAUUUAGCACAUUUGUUACCAAAUCCUAACGUCAGCAUUAUCGACGAUGAGAUCAACAUAUUUGGUACUCGCUGGGUCCGAGACAUUGAAGAACUUAUUGAAGCGUUAUCUAUGGCGUUAGGGACAUGCUCAAACAUGAAGCUAUACGGAAAAGAGCCAAAGGUUUUUCCCCGCCUCCAUCGUCACGUCGAACGAGCCAUCGAAGAACAUCACCUAGAGAACACCAUCAUCCAAACAGACAAGGGGUAUGUCGGUCUCACGAGGGACACGGUUCGCAAAGGGGAUCUUCUAGUGCAAUUCGACAUUGACCUAGGCAUACAUUUCAUCGUAAGACCUCGAGAGGAUCUAUACGAAUUGGUGUCAAUGGCGUAUGUACCACAACUUUUCAGGGAUCCGUCGAUACAAGGUAACAGGAUGGAGUUCACGCUAUGCUAA